AUCUUAUAUUUUUUUUCUGGAAUAUAACUUCAAUCAAGAAACAAGAGAAUGGAUACUAAGGACUCAUUUAUGUCAGAAGGAGAGUUGCAAUCAUUAGCAGAUGGAUCGGAAAAAAAGGUUAAGAAGAAGAAAAAAGAAAAAGAAAUACGUGUUAGUUUCUUCCAACUGUUUCGCUUUGCUACUACAACGGAUAAAGUUAUGAUGAUUAUUGGAAGUCUGUGUUCUCUAGUCCAUGGGGCUGCUCAACCAUUAAUGCUCUUCAUCUAUGGCUUAAUGACUGACACAUUCAUAGCAUUCGAGAAGGAAGUUCAAGAACUCCAGAAUCAGGACAAAAUAUGCCUCAAUGGAACCAUCAGUUGGAAAAAUGGAUCUGACUAUCAAUUUGAAAACCAGACAGUGUCUUGCGGAACAAACAUUGAAGCGGAGAUGACACAAUUUGCAUAUUACUACGUAGCAAUUGGUAUUGCUGUGCUAGUCCUCAGCUAUUUCCAGAUUUCAUUAUGGGUUAUUGCUGCAGCUCGUCAAAUUCAAAUAGUGCGUACGGAAUAUUUCAGGAAGAUAAUGAGACUUGACAUUGGCUGGUUUGAUUGCAAUUCAGCAGGAGAACUAAACACAAGAAUUUCAGAUGAUAUCAACAAAAUUAAUAACGCUAUUGCUGAUCAGGUUGCAAUCUUCAUUGAGAGGAUUUCUACAUUUGUCUUUGGAUUUUUAAUCGGCUUUCUUGGAAACUGGAAAUUAACCCUUGUUAUUGUUGCAGUCAGUCCUCUUAUUGGUUUAGGAGCAGGAUUAAUGGCACUGGCUGUGGCAAGACUGACAGGCAGAGAGUUAAAGGCAUAUGCCAAAGCCGGUGCGGUGGCUGAUGAAGUCCUAUCUUCCAUCCGAACUGUGGCUGCUUUUGGUGGAGAAAAGAAGGAGGCUGAAAGGUAUGACAAUAACCUGAUUGAAGCUCAGGCUUGGGGUAUCAAAAAAGGCACCAUCAUAGGCUUCUUCCAGGGGUACAUGUGGUGUAUUAUUUUUCUGUGUUAUGCUCUAGCUUUCUGGUAUGGAUCUAAACUGGUAACUGAAACAAAAGAACUAUCACCUGGAAGUCUUCUGCAGGUAUUUUUUGGAGUACUGGUUGCUGCAAUGAACUUGGGCCAGGCUUCUCCCUGCUUAGAAGCCUUUGCAACUGGCCGAGCAGCUGCUACAAUUAUAUAUGAGACAAUAGAAAAGAAUCCAGAGAUUGAUUGCAUGUCUGAUGAAGGGCACAAACCGGAUAAAGUGAAUGGUGUCAUUGAGUUCCAUAAUGUAAAUUUCCACUAUCCAUCAAGACCAGAUGUAAAGAUUCUAAGUGAUCUCAACAUUGCCAUUAAUCCAGGGGAAACAACAGCAUUUGUUGGGCCCAGUGGUUCAGGGAAAAGUUCUACAAUACAACUCAUUCAAAGAUUCUAUGAUCCUACAAAUGGCAAGGUGACUUUGGACGGCCAUGAUAUCAGAACACUUAACAUUCAGUGGCUGCGCUCUGUAAUUGGUAUUGUUGAGCAGGAACCUGUUCUAUUUGCUACUACGAUUGCUGAGAACAUUCGCUACGGAAGAGACAAUGUUACCAUGGAAGACAUUACCAAGGCAGCAAAAGAAGCUAAUGCCUUUAACUUCAUAAUGGAGUUACCGCAGAAAUUUGACACUCUUGUUGGAGAAGGAGGAGGCCAGAUGAGUGGUGGACAAAAACAAAGGAUUGCCAUUGCUCGAGCGCUGGUCAGAAAUCCAAAAAUACUACUUCUGGACAUGGCCACAUCUGCACUGGAUAAUGAAAGUGAAGCUAUUGUACAAGAAGCUCUUGAUAAGGUACGCAUUGGAAGAACAACGAUUUCGAUAGCUCAUCGCCUUUCCACAGUCAGAAAUGCAGAUAUAAUUGUGGGAUUUGAUGGUGGAAGAGCAGUGGAAAAAGGAACACAUAAUGAACUUUUGAAAUUAAUGGGUGUCUAUUAUACAUUAGUCACUCUGCAAAGCCAAAAUGAAUCUACAGAACCUGCCAUAAGGGAAAAUACUGUUCCAGAAAAACAGAGAACCUUCAGCAGAGGAAGCUAUCGAUCAAGUUUACGAAACACUCUACGCCUUCGUUCAAAAUCUCAGCUCUCACAAAUGUUUCCCGAUGCUCUUUCUGGCAAUAUAAAUGGAGGAUCUCUUUUGACAGUGAAUGGUUUGGGUGGCACAGAAGAACUUGUAGAACCACCUGUAUCUAAAAAGAAUAAGAAGAAACACAAGAAAAAACCCAAGACGGCAGUUGUGACCAGAGUUUUGAAAUACAAUAAACCGGAAUGGCCAUAUCUUUUGGUUGGAUCUAUAGGAGCUGCCAUUAAUGGGACAGUAACCCCACUUUAUGCUGUGCUGUUCAGCCAGAUACUUGGGACAUUUGCAUUACCGGAUGUGAAUGAGCAAAGGAGACAAAUAAAUGGAAUAUGCCUUCUCUUUCUUGGGCUCGCCGGAGUGUCAUUUGUUACCCAGUUCUUGCAGGGUUUUGCAUUUGCCAAAUCUGGAGAGCUGCUUACUCGACGUUUAAGGAGAGUGGGAUUUCAGUCAAUGCUGGGCCAGGAAAUUGGAUGGUUUGAUGACAACAAUAACAGCCCUGGAGCAUUGACCACUAGACUUGCUACUGAUGCAUCACAAGUUCAAGGGGCCACAGGUGCUCAGAUUGGAAUGAUUGUGAAUUCGGUGACGAACAUCGUCGCUGCCAUUAUAAUUGCAUUUUACUUUAGUUGGAAGCUGAGUUUGGUUGUUCUAUGUUUCCUGCCACUAAUUGGAUUGUCGGGAGUUCUUCAAGCUAAAUUGCUUACAGGGUUUGCAAAUCAGGACAAAGAAGCCUUGGAAGAAGCUGGGAAGGUGUCAAGUGAAGCAAUAAGUAACAUUCGAACUGUCGCUGGACUAGGAAAAGAAAAAAUGUUUGUGGAAAUAUAUGAAAAGCAGCUAGUUUUGCCCUACCGAGCCGCCGUUAAAAAAUCCCAUGUAUACGGAGCUUGCUUUGGGUUUGCCCAGUGCGUCAUUUAUCUGGCUUAUGCUGCAUCGUUCCGAUUUGGAGGAUAUUUAGUCACCUUUGAUGGUAUCAGCUAUAUCGUUGUUUUCAGAGUGAUAUCUGCUAUAGUGAUGAGUGGCACGGCCUUAGGAAGGGCAUCUUCUUUUACUCCUGAUUACGCCAAAGCAAAGAUUGCAGCUGCUCAGUUCUUUAAGUUAUUGGAUCGAGUUCCAAAGACGAGUGUUUACAGUACAAAUGGAGAGAAAUGGGACAAUUUUAAAGGUGACAUUGAGUUCCUGAACUGUAAAUUCACAUAUCCAAGCCGUCCAGUUACGAUGGUUCUACGAGGGCUCAAUAUUUCCGUAAAAUCUGGACAGACUCUUGCUUUCGUCGGAAGCAGCGGCUGUGGAAAGAGCACCAGUGUCCAACUGCUUGAGAGGUUCUAUGACCCCGACGAAGGGACAGUUCUUGUUGAUGGCCGUGUAUCCACUGACGUUAACAUUGCAUUUCUAAGAAGCAAAAUUGGAAUUGUCUCUCAGGAGCCAGUGCUAUUUGAAGGUAGCAUUGCUGACAAUAUAAAAUAUGGGGACAACUCUCGCACUAUCUCAAUGGAGGAAGUAAUUGAUUCUGCCAAGAAAGCUCACCUUCAUGAGUUUGUCAUGUCUCUGCCCGAUAAAUAUGACACAAAUGUUGGAAUGCAAGGCUCCCAGCUCUCCCGAGGACAGAAACAACGAAUUGCUAUAGCUCGCGCAAUUGUCAGAGAUCCAAAGAUACUGCUUCUGGAUGAAGCAACGUCAGCUUUAGACACAGAAAGCGAGAAGACUGUUCAGGUGGCUUUGGAUGAGGCCAGACAAGGGCGCACCUGUAUUGCCAUAGCUCACCGUCUAUCUACCAUUCAGAACUGUGACAUAAUAGCAGUGAUGUCCCAAGGAGUCAUCAUUGAAAAAGGAUCUCAUAGUGAACUCAUGGGUUUGAAAGGAGCCUAUUAUAAACUAGUAACCACUGGAGCCCCAAUAAGUUAGAUGUGGUCCACUUAAUUUUAUUAUAAUUUUUCACCAAUAAAUAACUGUUAGUAAAUUAUAAAUACACAAGCUUUACAUACUUGGAAUGAAUUAGACCCCAGUAACUACAGAACUUAUUAAAUUGUGUGUUUUGGGCAUUCUUACACAAGGUCAGAAUCAGCCCCAUUUAUACCAAACACUAGAAACUGGUUAAAAUUGCAACAUGACAACAUGGGAGCCUAUACAUUUGUACUUGUAGACAAUGAUAAUAUACAUGUAAAGUCAAGAUAUUCUAUGCAAGCAGGUAACAGCUAUACCUCUUUGAUUGUGUGACUGAAUGCCAGCAGGGUACUUAAUACAUUGUCAGAAAUUUAAAUUGAAUUCAAAAUCUAUAUUACAUUUUAAAGAAACACUCUUAGCCUGCUGUAGUGGUUAUGGUGCUAG